GUUUGGCUGCUUUUAAUCAUAGUAGAAAACGUGCUAACGUGAAGUAGUUAAACAGACUCAUCGAGAGAAAUCGAAAACCAGUUACAACAGCGCGGCGGUCGAAUGCCAUUGCUAACAUACGCGGCGGCCGACAGUCAAGAAUGAGAAUGCGCGAACGCCGCCCAAACAGUGUGCGCACACGAUGAAUACCGUCCGAACGUGUUUACCCGCAACCGUCGCGUUUCUCGUUUUCCCGAUCGGCUGGUGGGCCGCCGACGCCGUGGUCUGUUGCAACAGUGGUUCAGUUGCAAGCGGCGGCAAAGUUGCGUCUUGCCAGAACGACAAUCGGACGUUCCACACGGUCGAGGCGAUCGGCGGCGGCACGUGCGAUGACAACCGGACAGCCUUGCUGGUCCGGAAGUGCUGUUCACCGGGCCGGCCGUACGAUCCAGAAUUGCGGGUCUGCGGAACGGCCGGGGCGGACGGUGACAAGUACCGGCAGCGGAUGAUGCAUCGACUGGUGGACGGAUUCCGGGCGGUGGCCGAUGCGGUGAUGGUGGGUUACGAUUAUACGCCGCCAAAGUGCGACGCCACGCAAGUGCUAGUCGACGUGCCCGCCGUGGAAGUGCGUGGGCUGAUGGAGGCGCACCCGUCGGCCAUCGAGUUGCCGCCGGGCUACUGCUUCGACCUGACGCCAUCCGAUGAGCUGGUGGCCCGGACGUGCCGGCCACGAGACCAGUACUGCGGCCGGGACGGUUACACGUGCGUCAACAAGUGCUGCACGGAUGGCAAGAAUUAUUUCGUCGACGACCAGUUCAAAAAACAUCUGAAUUGCAAGGAGAGCGAGAUACCAUUCAUGAUGUCCGCCUAUGAAACAGAUGAGGACGGCCGUCCUGUGGGCCGGUCGAACAGAAUGGUGCUGCCAUACUAUUUAACACUCGAGUGUUUAUUCAGGGAAAGGCUGAACGACGGAUUCACGUUGACCACGAAUGGCAGCCUUUACCUUAAAGACAAAGACCAGCUCGUACCGAACACGAAAUACUGCGUGGAUAGUUACGCCGAGGCAGGGUCACCGGUGGCCACCGGUCUGAGGGUGUUCAUGUGCCCCAUCGAAUCAUCGUUCACUUUCUUCGUCGAUCAGGCUAGUUACAUCGCAUCUUCCGUGUGUCUGGCGCUCACGCUGGUCGUGUACGCCAAACUGUCUUACCUCCGGAACGUCCACGGCCACUACGUCAUGUGCUACGUGGCCUGCUUCCUCGUGUUGUUCGUCUUGCUAAUAAUCCAAAUGUUUUCACCGAAUGACCUAAGCAGCCCGUUUUGCAUUCCAUUUGGUUAUUUUCAUUUAUUUGCAUAUUUGACAACAUUUUGCUGGUUAAACGUAAUAUGCUUCGAUAUUUACUGGAUGUUAAGGUACAAUAAUUCAAUAAACAGAAAUACAUCAAUAUCAGUACGUACCAUUAUGUACCAUAUUUACUGUUGGGGAUUUUCAAGUAUUUGUGUAUCUACCGGUUAUUUAUUUCAACAUUCAGAACACGAAACGCUAUUGAAAUUAGCACCCGAUAUUGGGUACCAUAGUUGCUCGUUUUACGAUUUCACUGGCUACGGAAUUAUAAUUUUCUUGCUGCUACCCGCAUCUGUUAUGCUGACUGCCAAUUUAAUUUUGUUCUGGAUAACUGUUAUUCAUUGUUCAAGAAUUAAAUCUGAACUCAAUAAAUUCAAACAAACCGAUGAUUCAAAAAUACAAAGAUUUCGUGUUGAGAAAGAGAAAUUUUUUAUGAGCAUAAAACUAUUUCUGGUUAUGGGAAUUCCAUUUUUAAUUUCGACACUAUCUGUUUUAUUCCAAAGAUAUGGGAUCAUAUGGGACAUUUUUGAUACAGCUAGCAGACUACAAGGAGUUUUCGUAUUUAUUAUAUUUGUGGCAAAGCGCAAAGUUAUUAUGGACUUACGGAAUAAGUUUAGAGGUUCAAUGGAUCAUAGUGAAUCGACACAAAUUAACACCACUAUAUCUGGGUCCUCAUAAAUGUGGCACUGGGAAGUGCUCAUAAAAUUUAUAAUAAUUUCUAAGUUGUAAUAUGAAUAUAUAAUAUUAUGUAAAUAUUAUUAUAUUAUAUAUUAAGACGCAAGGCUUUAUGGCAUAAAAAAAAUCAUUAUUUUUAUGCCUUUCUAUAGGUAAUUCGUUUUUGUUUUGUGUUGUAAUUAUAAAAUUAAAAUAAUAGUUUAUAAUCAUAAAAUAUGUUUCAUUCAAUCUUAUAUUAGGUAUGUUAUAUUGCACUCACACAAAUAGUUUAUCUUUAGUCUAAAUACAUAGAAUAUUUAUGUUAAAAAUGAAUAAAUCCUAUCUAAUAAAAAAAUAAAAAAAUUUUAAUUGUUUAUUUGAUUUUUUUUUUUAAAUUUUAAUGUUCUCUUUUAUUAAUGUUUAAUAAGCUAAAAAUGUUGGUAAGUGGAUGUCACUUUGCUGUACAGUAGGUUACAAGUGGGUCACUGUAAUGGAUGGUGUUAAAUUUGAAUUCAAUGAAUUGUAUAAAAAAAACGAUUCUGAGCAUAAACUAUUUACUAAUUAUAUUUAUGAUAUUAUUGUGAAUAAAGUAAUUUAUAUAUUUGCCUUUUUACGUGGAACCUUGUUUUAAAUUUUAAAUCCUC